AUGUUUACGUGUACGGCAUGCCGCUUGGAGUUUGCAUCGCCUGCAGAGCAAAAGGAACAUUUUUGUAUGGAUUGGCAUCGCUACAAUUUAAAGCGCAAGGUGGUAGAGUUGCCGCCAGUGUCAGAGGAGCAAUUUGAUUUUCGUAUGCGUAAGGUACACGAAGAAAAAGAGGCCCAAGUCGCUAAUGAUCCCAAGGAAAAACAACGUGCUCGAAAAGAAGAGAUGAAGAAGGCAGGAGUGAAAAAAGGGAUGAAAUGUGUGGCUUGUAAUAAGGCGUUUACGACCAUUAACGCCUACGAGAACCACUUGAUGUCGAAGAAACACUUGAUCAAUGUUAAGAAGAAUCCUGAGGUUGCUACAAUGAUGGAAAUGGUAGAGAAACAGAUGGAAGUUACUUCAUUAAAUGAGGUGAUUGAUGAAGACUCUACUGCUACAUGGAUCACGCAAAAAGAUGUAAAGAAAAUGACAGAGGAAGAGUUGGCGAAAGAGAUUGAAGAGUACAAGAAGCACGUGCCACUUGAAAAGGAGGACUGCAUCUUUUGUACAUACCAGGCAGUAGAUUUUGACGCGAAUUUGGACCACAUGUUAAAAGAGCACGGUUUCUUUAUUCCUGAUGUGGAGUUUUUGGUAGACCUGGAAGGGUUGAUCAACUACUUGGCUGAAAAGGUCAAGAUUGGCUUCUACUGCUUGUACUGCAACGGCAAGGGUAAAACCUUUCGCUCUUAUCAGGACGUGCAAAAGCAUAUGACGUCACUUUCUCACUGCAAGCUGCGUUAUGAUGACGUCGACAUGGAAGAGUUGCUGGAAUUUUACGACUUUGAGUCUCAGUACGCGUCGUCAAAGAAGAGCAAGAUUGCUGCAAAAGAAGAGAUCGAGUGGGAGACUGAUAGUGAGGCUAGCAUUGACAGUGAUGAAGAGGUCGUCGACCAAGACAUGGAAGAAGAGGGCGAUGACGAAGACGAUGAGAACACCAUCGGUGUGUCCGAGACGGGCGAGCUGGUGCUGGCCAACGGCCGUCGCCUCGGUCGCCGCGAGUUCCGUCGCUAUUACAAGCAACAUUUUCGUCCGGAUGAGACUCGUGCGUCAGUGCUUGCUGCUACCAAGGAGAAUUUGCUGCUGGCAUACCAAACAGCCGGCAUCGACCCUCGUGUUGGCAGUACUGCGCUAUCGACAGCAUUCGUGGCUAAUUUUCUCAAGAAGCGCAACAAUAUUGCUGGCGGCAUGUCGAUCGUCGAGGCCAAGCGCAAGAAUUUCUGGCACGAAAAGAACCGCUCGCGUCUGGACAACCGCAGUCAUAAGCUACAGAGGAACCCGAACCGUAGGGCUAUGGUGACAGUUUAA